AUGUCUUUACAAUUCCACGUCGUAGAUGCCUUCACCAACCGUGCUUUUGGAGGCAAUCCGGCAGCGGUUAUCAUUCUGCCGGAAAAUCACAGCUAUCCAGAUAGUCUCCUUCAAAAGAUCGCACUUCAAUUCAACCUUUCAGAGACUGCAUUUGUGACCCCUCAAGUCAAUUCAGGCAAUCCUGAGUCAAAUCACGUAACUUUUGGGCUUCGUUGGUUUACUCCGGUCACUGAAGUAGCCAUUUGCGGCCACGCCACCCUUGCCAGUGCUUCCAUCCUUUUCAACAACACCGAUCUCAUUCCCAGGAAUAUCAACGACAUCCAUUUCUCGACGAGACAAUCUGGCAUUCUCAUAGCACGCAGGGUCGUUAAUACUCCAAAAAUCGAACUCGAGUUCCCUGCGGGCGAUUAUGAAAGGGUGGACCAGCAUAUCCAUUCUAAGGCUCAAAAUAUGAUGAUAGAAGGUGCAAGUUUAGAGGCAAAAGAUGUUCUCUAUGUCGGGGGAGGCAAGAGUUCUCCGUAUACGGAAUACCUCUUGGUUGAAAUCGACCCCAAGAUUGAUCUCAAGUCUCUUAAAGUCAAUGCUGCUCUCCUGGCAUCUUACCAACCUAAAUAUCCGAUAGUUGUGAUUACUAACCAAGUAGUAUCAGAGGGGGGAGGACUAGCUAAAGCGUUCAAGCAAAUGUAUCCCCAGGAGAACCCAUACGAGUCACUCAAGUCAGCUCAAGGGUGGGGGAUAUUGAGGUCAUAUGGAAUGAUGAGAAAGGAACCUCACGACUUCGUGGAGAAGCCAGAAUCGCUUCCAAAGGAGAAAUCUAUAUCUAAGCCGUCUGCGGUGAUAAUAUUGCCAGAAGACCAUGGACUAGCUGAUUCGACCCUGCUAGGUAUCGCGGCAGAAUUCAACAUAUCUGAGACGGCAUAUGUAGUCGUACCAAAGAAUAAGAAUAGUGAAACUGACCAAAAGAAUGGUUAUGUAUCACUAGGACUACGAUGGUUCACACCAACCGAAGAAAUGCCACUAUGUGGGCAUGCGACGAUAGCAAGUUCUUCUGUCGUCUUCGCAGAUGAAACGUUGAUACCACCUAAUAUCAACGAGAUACACUUUUCCACGCUUUCCGGUGUUUUGAAGUCUCGUCGAAUUCCCUCCACGCCACCCAAGUAUGAACUGGAGUUCCCUACGGCAGACAUGGUCCCGGCAGACGAAAUUACUUUACAGACAGUUCAAAGUGCCCUAGAAACGGCGUCAAAUCCCCCAGUUCGCGUCAAACACGCGGUCACCUCCAGCACAAACCCAUACCAGCAGUAUAUCGUUGUCGAAAUAGAGGAGACAACUCCCUUGAAAGGGCUAAAGAUGAACACAGAGCUAUUGGGCAGAAUGGUACCUCGAUACCCCCUGUUUAUCAUGUGCCAAGAGGCCAGUAAUGCAUCGGAACAGCAACCAAAGAUCCAGUAUCGAACAUUUGCUCAUCCAUUUGGCAUCUCAGAAGACCCAGUAUGCGGUUCUGCAACUUCGUUUGCUUCCAGGUAUUGGGCGACCAAGGACUUUAUCAAGUCGCAGGGAGAUGACAAAAUCGUACCCGUGAAGUCUGUGAGCUCUAGGGGAGGAGAAGUUGAGCUAGUGGUGAAUCCAAAUUCGAGCACGGUCAAGCUCCGAGGAUGCGCAAGGGUAGCUUCAGCUGGAGAGGUUCCUUCAAAAAGACAGAUGGAUAUGACCAGAAAUCGGGAGGCUUGGAAACCACGGAUUCAACAUCCGAGUCCCUUUGCUAGUUCCUUCUACGAGUUGAUGACUACCUUGUUUCGCAUGCUUGAGGCAUGCAGAGGUGUUGUGUGGUGGCUGGUUCGAGGAUAG